CUUUUAGAUUUAAGCCAUUCUAUCAUUAAUGUACAUACAGACAGAAAGUGCAGUGCGAAUCCAGCAGUACAUUUUGUUAAAACGGAAUUAAGUCUAAAAAAACUUUAAAUCUAUUCGCUAGGAUGCCUUCGUUACGCCAGAAAGUGACGACCUAUUUUCGACAAUUCAGCUUCAUUGCCGAUCGCGAAGAAAGAGCGAAUACAUCAAAUAAACUAUCAGAUGGGUCUUUCAUCACACGAUAUUUGGAUGGAACUUGGAAACCUCCCGACUCCAUACCUAAAGUGUUAUGUGGAAAAGAGCCACAGGAUUUGCCGGAUCAAGCAGUUGGCAAAUAUAAAACAGGCAAUGACUCUAUCACAGCUGCUUAUACGGGCCCGGACGAAGGUUUGACGGGAGUCCGACGAAAGAAAAUACACUUGAGCGCUGGUCCAGAAAUCGAUUUUAUCGAUACAACACUCGAAACGGAAUCUCAAAACGAUGUAGGUGUUACCAAAAAUCUACCAAGUUCUUUCAAAACUACGAACGUAAGAACUGAUUCUAAUGCAAACAAACGAAUACUUGCCCCAAGAGACACUUUGACAAAAAGUCAGCUAAGUCAUUCACUCACCAUUUACAAAAACAUUCCAGUAGAUUGUACAGUCUCAUCUAAUAAACAGUUACCAAUCGAUAGGCUGAAUGAAAAUACUGUUAUAAAGGGCUCGUCUGAAGCAACAGCAACCGAUCCCAUUGCUGGUGUUCAUAAUUGGAAAACCUCGAACGACGAUGUGUACGGUAUUUCGGUUUCCCUUUACGAAAAGAAUGGUAUUACUGGCGAGAAUAUCGGAAAUCCGGUUGCGGACUGUUUCGGUAUACUGACAAGAGAUAACUCGUGCAUAAUGGCAUUGGCCGAUGGCGUGAACUGGGGUGAAGGAGCCCGUCUAGCUGCCAGGUGUGCUAUACAAGGAUCUAUAGAUUAUUUAAAUUCAGCGAUUUUCGGUAUUCAUCAAGCAUCCAGUACGAGAGAUAUUUUUGUGAGCCUUGUUCGAAGUUUCUGGGAAGCACAUGCGUAUAUUAUGGAAUCUGGUGGAGCUCUGACGACGUUAACAGUCUUAGUUGUGUUACCGUUGCCGGACGAUCAUGACAAAAGUGUUGUUUGCUGCUGUAAUGUGGGUGAUUCGCUGGGUUACGUUUACUCCAAAGAACAUGGUGUGAGGGAAAUAACAGAAGGUUCACACGAUGUCAAUUCAAUGCGUGAUAUGAGAGAUGCAUUAGGAGCAUUAGGGCCCGUAAACGGAGAUAAACCAGAAAUGACAAAUCUUACCCUUUCUUUCACGAUUGUUGAGAAAGGAGACAUAGUGUUUCUUACAUCAGACGGUAUAAGCGAUAACUUUGACCCCGUAGUUGGCAAAUUUGCAGAACCUAUUUCAUCUAAACCACAACCAGCUGUCCCACCAUCGAAGCCUCCACAAACUGCUCAAAACCGUUUGGCUCCUAAGCGGCAAAACAAAAGUGCAUCUAGUAUUGUAGCAGCGAGAAGGCAAGAAGAAUCGGGGGCAACUUCAGCAGUAGCGGGUAGUAGUGCUGCGGCGAAGCCACCAGCUUCCAGUAGUAGUUCUUCGCAGAGAGCUCGUCCAAUUUCCGUUGUAACUAGUUCAGUAGUUGAAGCUCCUACGCGACCUCGUUACAUGCGGUCAAAAACAUUUAUUGAACCCAGAUCUAGAGCAAUCAAUCAAGAUCCCAUUCGUAGAGGUCCUUCACUGCCUCUUGUGACCGGAGCGCAGCGACAUCAACUAACAUUGCUUCGGAUGACUGACUUGCUAAUGUACGGUAUCAAUGGAACCUUACGACCUUGCACUAAUGCCAAGCAGCUUUGUCAACUGUUGAUUGAUUUCGCGACGUGUAUCACUUCGGCAAAACGAAAAAUUUUGGAGCAACGAGAGCUGUAUUACAAGGUGGUCACCGACAGAGAAGGACAUAGGAAGGAGGUGGAAUACAGCAAACCGCAGCAGAAGAUGGCACGCAAACGAAUGGUUGAAGGGAGCACGUUUUCGUCAUUGCCUGGAAAGUUGGACCACGCCUCUAUUGUAGCGUUUACAGUUAUUGGUGUUGACCGAACUUAUAAUGAAACCAAUCUUUAAUAAAAUAUUUCAUGAAAUGAUACAUAAUUACUCUGAAA